CAACUUUUUUCCCAAGAUCCGCCAUUUCAGCCCUUGAGUUUCAUGUUGCAGAUGACUUUAGGAAUUGUGUUUAUUGUAACCGCUAUGACAAAUAAACAUUGUAGUUUUGUUAGAAAUAUUUAACUAUUUACCAGGGGGUGCACAGUUCAGUUUAGUGGAAAUAGAGAAAAGUUGUAGAAUUCCAACGUUUUGGAACAGUACAGAUGCCGUGGCUUGUCCCCGAGCGUGUUCCUCAGUAAGCCAAAGUUUUUGUAUGAGUUGCGGAUAGGGAGAGGCGAAGGGGAAGGCCUUGAAGCCUCGGAGUGGAUUUGCAGUCAUGGCUGGUAACUUUGACGCAGAGGACCGUGCUAGCUGGUAUUGGGGAAGGCUAAGCCGCCAGGAAGCGGUUUCUCUCUUGCAGGGUCAGAGACACGGCGUGUUCUUGGUUCGAGACUCGAUCACAAGCCCCGGUGACUAUGUGUUGUCGGUGUCUGAGAACUCUAAAGUCUCUCAUUACAUAAUCAACAGCAUCAGCAACAACCGACAGUCUGGAUCAGGUCUGGCCCCGCCCCGCUUCCGCAUCGGAGACCAGGAGUUCGAGGCCCUGCCCGUUCUCCUGGAGUUCUACAAGAUCCACUACCUGGACACCACCACGCUGAUCGAGCCAAUCAGCAAGGCCAAGCACAGCGGCUUCGUAAGCUCCUCCCCCGCGCCGGUCCCGGGAGCGUCCCAGCGUCCAGAGGAUGCUGAGUUCGUGCGCGCCCUCUUCGACUUCCCCGGCAACGACGACGAGGACCUUCCAUUCCGUAAGGGAGAUGUGCUGCGCGUGCUGGAGAAGCCGGAGGAACAGUGGUGGAACGCGGCCAAUCAGGAGGGCCGAGCCGGGAUGAUCCCCGUCCCGUACGUGGAGAGGUACCGGCCCUCCUCACCCUCCUCGGCCUCGGGGGGCCCAGCGGUGGCCGUGACGGACGGGACGGGGCCCCAGCCCCCUGUGGGAGACCCUGGGCAGUACGCGCAGCCUGUGGUGAACACGCCGCUCCCCAACCUCCAGAACGGCCCCGUCUACGCUCGCGCCAUUCAGAAGAGGGUGCCGAACGCCUACGAUAAGACGGCCCUCGCUCUGGAGGUGGGAGACAUGGUGAAGGUGACCAAGAUCAACGUGAACGGCCAGUGGGAGGGGGAGUGUAAAGGCAAGCGAGGUCAUUUCCCCUUCACUCACGUCAGACUGCUGGAGCAGCACCACCCUGAGGAGGAGAGCUGAGACACACACACACACACACCCUG